ACCGACUCGUUCUAGAACUGUCUCGCGCUGUCGAGAACCCGGCCGUGCCCGGGCUCACGCUCGUAACGGGCGCGCGAAACGCGAUGUCAUGAGAGGACACGGAAACCACGCGAUGUUUGGAGGGGCAGGGGCUCGAGCGUUAGAGUUAACCAUUUAGGUUUCAGUUCGUUUUUUGCCGGGCACUACAGCUAGGCAACACUAUUAACUCACGUUAAUACCGUGGUCCGACGAGGGAGUUUAAUUGCUAAACAGUGGAGAUGCACCCUGCAACAGCUAAGUGGUACGACAGACGGGACUCUGUUUUUGUUGAGUUCUGCGUGGAGGACAGUAAAGAUGUGCAAGUAAAAUUCGACAGUUCCAAAUUUGAGUUCGGCUGUGUCAGUGGAACAGACAACACCAAGCACCAGAAUACAGUGGACCUGUUUGGAGAGAUUGAUCCUAAAGGAUCCAAACACAGACGCACUGACAGGUCUGUGUUGUGUUGUUUAAGAAAAGCAGAGGCUGGGAAAUCAUGGCCAAGACUUACCAAAGACAAGACAAAGAACAACUGGCUGAGUGUUGACUUUACUAAUUGGAGAGACUGGGAAGAUGACUCAGAAGAAGACUUGUCCAGUUUUGACAAAUUCUCAGAGAUGAUGAACAGAAUGACAGAUGAAGGUGUAGAUGAAGAGCAUGAGUCUGCAGACAGUGACGAUGAAAAAAUUCCCGACCUUGAGUAGAGGAAUAUGGAUGCCACCUCAGCAGUAAACAAAGCGAAGUUAUUAGUCAUUUAAAGAAAAAGACUAGACAUGAGUUGGCAGCCGUGUUGGAGAAGAAACCUCGUCUCUCUACACAGUUUCCAAAGCGAAACCUCCCAAGGGAGUGACAGGAAGUGGCUGUUGGACACAGACAUGCACAGGGAUCCAUAGCGAUAUACAGUGCUGUGCUUUGCUGUUCUGUUCUGCAUGGACAAUUCUGUUGAAAUGAAAAUGUUCUUGUUCAUCGACUUAAAUGACUAAUGGGAUGUGCUGAUGUCUUACACCUUCUCUGUUUUUUUUGUUCGUUUUGUUUUUAUCUUAUUUUAUUUUUUGCAAUGUCAGGUUAUGUAUUGAAUAUUGUGAUUUCUAAUGACGAAAAAAAAACCUCAAAAUGCUAUUUUCAAAAAAGCUGAUUUUUUUAAUGACAGAUUUUCCCCUUUAAUGUUUGUAUUGUAAAUUGCACUUAUUUUGUUUGUUAAUUUAAAAAGGCAGGAGUUCUCCUUAAAAUGGGGUUUCCAAUGUAUGCCAACAUCUGCAAAUAUUUAACAAUUUCAUUUUCUAAACAUGUUUCAGCAUUUAAAAUAAACUGCUUUAUUUAAAGCUUGUGCAACUACAGCUUGUGUUGAGAUUAUAAUGUUAGGGUGGUACAAUCUGCAUAUCAUCAUAUAUUUUCAGAGAAGUUAGUUUCUCUGUGUCAGUGUAAAACAUGGUACAAUUUCUUCCAGAGGUGAGUGCAGAAAUCCUGUGUGGUCUACCAAGAGUUUCCCGAGUAGUUUAAAAAAUACAGGUCAUAAAUGUUUGUCAAUCAGAUGUACUAAAACUGCAUUGGAGGCUUGUGUAUUUGAUCCAACACAUUUGCAUUUGUUUUAUGCUGUGAGAGUUUGGGUAUACAUUUCUAAUAAACUCUUUCAAAUCCCUGAA